ACUGGCGGUUCGUUGCGCCGGGAACUUUUGUCCCCUCCGCGGAUGAUUCUGGGGAAUGUCGAUCGGCCGUGGGCGGUGCACUGGGUCCGUCCCGCGGUAGCCUCAGGUCUGAGGGCGACUCCCCGGCUCAGGGACGAUUCUGGGCAGUGUCGUUGCCGGAGGUCGGCGGCCGUUGCCCGCUCACCAGCGACGCGGGGCGUCAGGUCCGCAGAGGUGCGGGCUCGGGGCGCCUGCAGGGACUGUGAGGCCCUGCUGAGGACUCCGGCCAGUGACACGGCCCAUCUCCAAGAUAAGAGCCUAGAAAGAGGACUCUGUUGGCCACUGGAAAUUGCAGAGUAAUGCCUCAGCUUCAGUACCCAGAGUGUUACCUGGCACCAAAUAGAUGCUUAGUAAGUAAUUGUGGAGUGAAUAAGAUGAGUAAUGAAGAACUGGUGGGGCAGAAUCAUGGCAUGGAAGGUGAAGCUUGCACAGGAGAGGAUGUGACAUUUAGUGAUGUGGCUAUAGACUUCUCUCAUGAAGAGUGGGGAUGGCUCAAUUCUGCUCAGAGGGACUUAUACAAGGAUGUGAUGGUCCAGAAUUAUGAGAACCUUGUCUCUGUAGGUCUUUCCGUAACUAAGCCACAUGUGAUCACGUUAUUGGAGGAUGGAAAAGAGCCCUGGAUGAUGGAGAAAAAACUGUCAAAAGGUUUGAUUCCAGAUUGGGAAUCAAGAUGGGAAAACAAGGAAUUAUCAACAAAGAAGGAUAUUUAUGAUGAAGAUUCACCCCAAACAGUAAUAAUAGAAAAAGUUGUAAAACAAAGUUAUGAAUUUUCAAAUUCUAAGAAGAAUUUGGAAUAUACAGAGAAGUUGGAAGGGAAGCAUGGAAGUCAGGUAGAUCAUUUCAGACCAGCAAUUCUCACCUCUAGAGAAAGCCCCAUUGCAGACAGUGUUUACAAAUACAAUAUAUUUAGAAGCACCUUUCAUUCAAAGUCUACUCUUUCUGAACCACAAAAAAUUUCUGCUGAAGGGAAUUCAUACAAAUAUGAUAUAUUAAAGAAGAACUUACCAAAAAAGUCAGUUAUAAAAAAUGAGAAAGUCAAUGGUGGAAAGAAACUUUUGAAUUCUAAUAAAAGUGGGGCAGCCUUCAGCCAGGGCAAAUCUCUUGCCCUUCCCCAGACUUGUAAUAGAGAGAAAAUCUACACAUGCAGUGAAUGUGGGAAAGCCUUUGGCAAACAGUCAAUCCUCAAUCGCCAUUGGAGAAUUCAUACAGGAGAGAAGCCCUAUGAAUGUCGUGAAUGUGGGAAGACGUUUAGCCAUGGCUCAUCCCUUACACGACAUCUGAUAAGCCAUAGUGGAGAGAAACCUUACAAAUGUAUUGAAUGUGGGAAGGCCUUUAGCCAUGUCUCAUCACUUACUAACCAUCAGAGCACUCACACUGGAGAGAAACCAUAUGAAUGUAUGAACUGUGGAAAGUCUUUUAGUCGUGUGUCCCAUCUUAUUGAACAUCUAAGAAUUCAUACUCAAGAAAAACUCUAUGAGUGUCGUAUAUGUGGAAAGGCCUUCAUUCAUAGGUCAUCUCUCAUUCACCAUCAGAAAAUCCAUACUGGAGAGAAGCCUUAUGAAUGUAGAGAAUGUGGGAAAGCUUUCUGCUGUAGCUCACACCUUACUCGACAUCAAAGAAUUCACACUAUGGAGAAACAAUAUGAAUGCAACAAAUGCCUGAAAGUCUUUAGUAGCCUCUCAUUUCUUGUUCAGCAUCAGAGUAUUCAUACUGAAGAAAAACCCUUUGAAUGCCAGAAAUGCAGGAAAUCCUUCAACCAGCUUGAAUCACUGAAUAUGCAUUUGAGAAAUCACAUUAGAUUGAAACCCUAUGAAUGCAGUAUAUGUGGGAAAGCCUUCAGUCAUAGGUCAUCCCUGCUUCAGCAUCACAGAAUUCAUACUGGAGAGAAACCUUAUGAAUGUAUUAAAUGUGGGAAGACCUUCAGCUGUAGUUCAAACCUUACUGUACAUCAGAGAAUUCAUACUGGAGAAAAGCCAUAUAAAUGUAAUGAGUGUGGGAAAGCUUUUAGCAAAGGCUCAAAUCUUACUGCCCAUCAAAGAGUACAUAAUGGAGAGAAACCCAAUAGUGUGGUAAGUGUGGAAAAGCCUUUAGACCAUAUGAAUCACUAUACAUGUGAGAAAUCUUACAGAAGAGAAACUAUAUGAAGCAGUGUUUAUCAUGGUAAAUUUCAUUCCUAGAUUCUCCCUUAUUUAACAUUAGAAAAAUUUAUACUGGGGAAAGUCUUAUGAAUGUGGUGAAUAUAGGAAGACUUUUUAGCAAAGAUGCAGGCCAGUUUGUUUAUUAGACUUUAUACUGUAGAGAAAUCAUAUGAAGACCAUAAAUGUGGGAAAGCCUUUGUCAGUAUUAAUCCCUUAAUUGACAUAAGUAUACUCAUACUAGGAUAAAACCCUGUACCUGUAGCAAAUGUGGGAAAGACUAUAGGCAAUAGGAAUCUUUUACAAACUCCUACAGGAGAGAAGCUGUAUGGAUGUAGAAAAUUUAGAAAUUGAGGGAAGUCUUCAGUUCCAAGUGUAUCCUUUAUUCUACAGCAGAGAACUCAAAAUGGAGAGAAAUCUCAUUUAAGAGAUGUAGUAACGUGUUCACUAAGAGUGUUUAUCUUGCUACACAUCAGAAGAUUAAUGGUAGAACAACCUGAAGGAUUUAGGAGUUAUGUGUAAAUCUUUGCAGUCAUGCUAUUUGUAAACUGGAUUCUACAGGAGAGCAAAUAAACAUUAUAAUAAAAUAUGCAUUUCUCAGAGCAGUAGCUUGCAGUUUCAGUUGAGUUAUACUUAGAAAUUCUUUUUAGCUAGUGGGCAUGUGAAGAUAUUUAGUCACCCAGAGGAGCCAGUAAGUGUUAUAAUAUUGAAAAUUAAAGCUGCAAAAGAAAUAAAGUGAUGUUAAUAAAAGUUUUGGCAUCUAAUAAAAUAAUUGUGUAUAUCACAAA